UCCCUGGCGGAGGAAGGGCCCAUGCCUCCGGGGGCAAAAACUGGGGCUUGUCUGGAGCUGGAGUCCUUUCAGGUCUUCCCCAGCCCCAAGAGGACCUCCCAAGGACGCCCACUUCCCCAGCCCUUCUGUGGGACUUGGACAGGAGCGUGCUUAGAAUCAGGCUCACUCUUCCACACUGUUGGGAAGCCUCUCUGCUCCUUCCAGAGCCAGAAAGUAGUAGUUUUUGGGUUGAGAUUCAUCCAUCCAUCCAUCCACCCACCCAGGUUCCGGUUCUGUGGUGAUCUGGACUGUCCUGACUGGGUCCUGGCAGAGAUCAGCACGCUGGCCAAGAUGUCCUCUGUGAAGUUGCGGCUGCUCUGCAGCCAGGUACUAAAGGAGCUGCUGGGACAGGGAAUUGAUUAUGAGAAGAUCCUGAAGCUCAUGGCUGACACCAAGUUUGAGUCAGGCGAUGUGAAGGCCACAGUGGCAGUGCUGAGUUUCAUCCUCUCCAGUGCGGCCAAGCACAGUGUUGAUGGUGAAUCCUUGUCCAGUGAACUGCAGCAGCUGGGGCUGCCCAAAGAGCACGCGGCCAGCCUGUGCCGCUGUUACGAGGAGAAGCAAAUUCCCUUGCAGAAGCACUUGCGGGUGUGCAGCCUGCGCACGAAUAGGUUGGCAGGUGUGGGCUGGCGGGUAGACUACACCCUGAGCUCCAGCCUGCUGCAGUCCGUGGAAGAGCCUAUGGUGCACCUGCGGCUGGAGGUGGCAGCUGCCCCAGGUACCCCAGCCCAGCCUGUUGCCAUGUCCCUCUCAGCAGACAAGUUCCAGGUCCUCCUGGCAGAGCUGAAGCAGGCCCAGACCCUGAUGAGCUCUCUGGGCUGAGGAGAAGGGAGUUACAGGCCUGUGUGGAGCCGCCUUACUUGUAUGGAGUCAUGCCCUCUGCAACUGCUCUUCAGGAAGCACCCCGCUUCUAGGAAGCUGGGGCCCUAGCUGGGCUCUGGCCUCCCAGAUCCCCGGCUGCCUCACUUCUCUCUCGAGAGCUCGGCUUAGGGCUCGUGAGGACCUUUCCCAGCAUUCUCUUCCCUUCCCUUGAAAGGCAGUUGUUGGUUGUUUUCAUGAGCAGGAAAAAUAAACAGAAGCAUAAAGGAA